AUGUUACUUCUUUCUCCCGUCUUCUUGGGAGCAGCAUUUUCUGUCCUCGCUUUGGCGUAUCUCAUCCGCUGCUUCCUAUCCCCGUUGUGGAAAGUACCUGGUCCGAGGACAUCUGCCUUCACCUCCCUUCUUCUGAAAUGGCAUGAGCUACAAGCAACCAGGACGAAGUACAUCCAUGCACUCCACCGGCAAUAUGGCCCAGUUGUCCGAAUCGCACCAAACGAGGUCUCGUUUACAUCCUACGAAGCCGUCAAGGAGAUUUACUGUUCGGGAGGCAGCGGCUAUGACAAGACGGAGUUUUAUGACUUGUUCAAAGUCUAUGGACGAAGGACUAUGUUCACAACGUUGAAUAAGGAAGAUCACGCGAAGCGCAAGAGAAUCAUUGCGGACCGCUAUGCAAACAGCAACGUCCUGCGACCUGUACCCCUAGGCGGAAUCCAGGAGAGGUCGCAAAAGUUUAUCAACUUGUGCGAGAAGUCCGUCGGCAUGAGCCACGACAUAUUUAUGAGUCUUCACUCCUAUGCCUGUGAUUGCGUUACACACCACCUGUUCCAUCCGUACGGCAGUAACUGCCUGGAGGACGAUGCGGACGAGGAAAUGAUGCACCAGGUUGCCGCUGAUGACAGCCUGCAAAAUCGCCUUCUUCAACACUAUAGUCCCGCGCUGCACAAGCUCCUCUCUCGAUUCCUGUACUUCUUCGCCAAGCCCCGCGAAACGCCCCUUGCCGACACCUUUGUCAUCGAGUCCAGCAAAAAGCCCGACCCGGCCGCCUUCACGCUCCUCAGCCGGCUCCACGAGAAGGCGGGCCAGGGACUAGACCAGCUCGACAUGGCGGGCGAGUGCCUCGACCACAUGGCGGCGGGCAUCGACACGACGGGCGACGGGCUGUGCUUCCUCAUGUGGGAGCUCUCGCAGCCGCGAUCCCUGCGUUUCCAGGAGACGCUGCGCCGAGAGCUGAGAGAGAACCCUGGGGCCGCGUUCGACACGUUGCCGUUCCUCGAUGCCAUUGUGCAGGAAGGGUUACGGUGCUUUCCAGCUAUCCCAAUGUCCCUACCGCGUUAUGUUCCCCAGGGCGGACGGGUGAUUGACGGGUAUGCCAUCCCGGAGAAGACUACUGUCAGCUGCCAGGCGUAUUCCAUCCAUCGUAUCAACGAGGAAGUGUUCCCGGAGCCGGACUUGUUCAACCCUGAUCGGUGGAUGGAGCCAACGGGGGACGCGGAGAGGAAACGGCUAAUGUUUGCGUUUGCCAACGGAGGCCGAGGAUGUGUUGGCAAGCACCUGGCGCUCGCCGAGAUGAAGACUCUGUUGACGGACAUUUACACCCGUUACACGACGCUUCCUGAGACGUCGAUGACGGAGGAGUCGAUGGCCAUGUCGGACCAGCUCAUCUCCUCGCGACCCCUGGGACAAAAGUGUUUGCUGCAGUUUGUUCCCGCUGGCGAGAAGCGGGAAUGA